AUGCGUUCCCAGAGCAUUCUCUCUCUAUGUGUGCUGCCAAUCACUGUUAUUGCAGCCACCUGCAUAGACUCGCCAAGCAAAGCACCCACAGUAGAUCUUGACUAUGCGGUUCACCAGGCUUCAUUUGACUCGACCAACAGUCUCUAUGAAUUCAAAAAUAUCCGGUACGCAGAACCGCCACUGAAGACCAGGAGAUUCCGAUACCCUAUUGCACCAGCCACCGUCAAUCGAACAGUAAACGAUGGCUCUUACGGAUUCGCGUGCAAACAAGGGUUGCCUAGAGCCAAGGUCGUUGAACUAUCGCUUCCGGGAGAGGAUGUCAUCGCUGCAAGGGAUAGAUUGAUACAGAAUCCCCUCUGGAGCGAAGAUUGCCUAUUCUUGAAUGUUGUCGUGCCCAAGGCGGUAUUUCCCAGUCAGCAAUGCACUGGUCGUAAAGCUCGCGCGACGAACAAAGCCCCUGUGAUCGUCUGGAUACACGGCGGUGGUAGUUCCUGGGGGAGUAAGGAUGACAAGGAGUUCACACCUUCUGGACUCAUCGAACGAUCCAAGACAAACCAGAGUGAUGGACUCAUCUUUGUGGCUAUUAAUUAUCGCCUUGGCCUUUUCGGAUUUCUCAACAGCCAUGGUGAUAACCGCAUGGACGCUAAUGCUGGCCUGCUGGAUCAACGCCAGGCCAUCGAGUGGGUUCGCAAGCAUAUCCACCUCUUCGGUGGUGAUCCCGACAACAUCACGGUUCACGGUCAAUCAGCCGGUGCUGCUUCUAUCAUGUAUCACAUCACCUCCUCGAAGGGUGUAAACUUCAAGAACGCCAUACUCCAGAGCCCAACGGCGCCAUCACUAAAGGUGGGAGACACCUGGACAGACAGUCUCAAACUGGCUUCCAACAUCACCGGCACAACCAUUGCCAACGGGGAAGAUCUCGCGCAGCUGGGUGAGAAAGAGCUUGCAGAGGUCAACGGCCUUGCUACCUUUAACGGCCCUGGUCUGUUCUACUGGGGGCCUUCACCUGAUGGCGCUUAUGUUCCCGACUGGCCGAACAAUCGCCUUCGCGACGGCAAGUUCAACAAGAGCCCGUCUUUGUCUCUCAUCGCGGGGCACACGGCAAAUGAGUCGAUUGCGAAUAUCCCAAACCUGCCUGUCGCCAUCGAUAUAGCGCUCACUACUCUCCUUCAGCCUAUCACAAACACAACUACAAAGUCCUACAUUCUCGAGACUCUUUACCCACCCCCUGAAAAGACAGAUAUCUACUCCACGGCAUAUGAGCGUGUUCUUCUUCUCAGUGCCGAAGCAACAGGUUUCAACUGCAAUCCACAACUCUUGUCUACCCUUUUCAAGACGUGGAACUAUAGAUUUGACGUACCGCCGGGCUAUCACUUUCAGGACUUGAACCACACAUUCUACGACGGGAACAAACAAGGGCCUGUCAGUCCCCCUGCUGCAAUUGCCAUGCAGACGUAUUUCGGACAGUUUGCUACAACAGCGAAUCCUAAUACAAAGGGAAACGGGUUACUAGACUGGCCAAAGGCUGAUAGUGAGCGACGUAUGAUGAGGUUUGUGCCUACUGGUGUGGAGCUUGGGAAGGAAGUUGAUAAUGCUAAGCGAUGCCUUUUUUGGGAUGAACUUCGAAGAGGCAAGUUUGGAAAUUAG